GCCUGAGUCCACAUCCUGUGAGAUUAUCUGGAGAAGCCUCGGGCCUCCAACUUCAUUAAAACCACAAGAGGUGUGUGUCUGGGGGACCGGUGAUAGUCUGGGUCCCUCAAGGGAUAAGCCCACGCCCAGCCGGGGAGGAGUCCUCCUGCCUCCCAAGGCUCUGAGCACCAAGGCCCACUCUCACGCCCCGCCUCCUGGCUCCGCCCCGCGCCGGCGACGCCGACGAGGGGGUGGGUUUCCGCUUCCGGUGGCGAAUUGUUGACGCCUGCAGCUGCGGCGGUGGUUACCGGGCCGUUGGGGAGGGGCCAGUGGGGGAGUGAGACGGCGCAGUGACAGGACCGCCGAGCGUGCUGCUGAGGCGACGAUGGCGGAGGGGCCGGAGAAAGCCCGAGGCCGCCCUCCCGGGCAGGACGACGGCGGAGGGGACCACGAGCCCGUUCCUUCCCGAAGAGGCCUUCCCGCCGCCGCCCCACGGCCCCGGGACGGGCCGCAGGCCGAACCCCAGGCUCCGGGCCGGCCCCCAGCCCCGGGCCUCGGUCCCCCCGCGGCCGCCACCGAGGAGUCGGAGCCGCCGCGCGAGCCCGAGAAUGGCAGGGAGGCGGGCUCCGGCUCUGGCUCCGGCCCCGGCUCGGGCUCGCAGGCACCGGCAGGCUGCGAGGCCCCCGAGGCGGCGGCGGCGCCGCGGGAGAAGCCGGCGCGGCUGAGCGCCCGAGAGUACUCCCGGCAGGUGCACGAGUGGCUGUGGCAGUCCUACUGCGGCUACCUCACCUGGCACAGCGGCCUGGCCGCCUUCCCCGCCUACUGCAGCCCCCAGCCGCCCGCGCCCAGCUACCUCGCAGGCGCCGGCGCCGCCGCUGCCCCGGCCUCCGGGCCGCCGCCCCUGCAGCUGGGCUAUUACAACCCCUUCUACUUCCUGAGCGCCGCGGCCGCCGGGCCCGAGCCGCCGGCCUCCGCCGGCCUCACCGCCUCGGCUCCGGUCGCCGGCCCGGGAGCCCGCGCGCCUCACGUGCAGCCGCCGGCCCGGGCAGCCCCCGCGACGAGGGUAGGACCCGCCGCUGCCUCGCGAGCCCCGAGCGAGACCGGGCGGCAGGCAGGUAGAGAGUAUGUUAUUCCAUCCUUGGCCCACAGAUUCAUGGCAGAGAUGGUGGAUUUCUUUAUUCUCUUCUUUAUAAAAGCAACCAUUGUCUUAAGCAUUAUGCACCUCAGUGGAAUAAAGGAUAUCUCUAAGUUUGCUAUGCAUUAUAUAAUAGAAGAAAUAGAUGAAGACACAUCAAUGGAAGACUUGCAGAAAAUGAUGGUUGUGGCGCUUAUAUACAGAUUAUUAGUUUGUUUCUAUGAGAUAAUUUGCAUUUGGGGAGCAGGUGGAGCCACCCCAGGGAAGUUCCUGCUAGGGCUUCGAGUUGUGACAUGCGAUACGUCGGUGCUUAUUGCGCCAAGUCGGGUUUUAGUGAUUCCUUCCUCAAAUGUUAGCAUUACAACGUCCACUAUACGAGCUUUGAUCAAGAAUUUUUCUAUUGCUUCUUUUUUCCCUGCUUUCAUCACACUGCUGUUUUUUCAGCAUAAUCGAACAGCCUAUGACAUUGUAGCAGGAACCAUUGUGGUAAAAAGAAAUGGGGUCAGAUGAUGCCCCAAAAAGCCCUGAAUUCCAUACUCUCUGGAAUAAUGACAAGACUAAACUAUAUAUCAAGGCCAUCAGUAUCCCUGGGUUACAUUAACUGAUGAUUUAGAAAUUAAAGCAGUCGCUCCAGUGUGAUGCAGGUGACUAUGCUGAAAGUAUUGAUUUUACUUGAAUGUCAAAGAAAGAACUUUUCCAGAAGAAAAACCUGUUAAGUUCAAGUGUUAAAAUUUUUAGAUUGAACCGAAGGCAAGUAGUGUCAUAAUCAACAAGGGACAGUAUAUACUUAAGAUCUAAGGUAUUAGAACUUGCUGAAAGCAUUUUCAGCUUUGAAAUCUCCAAAUGAAACUUUAAAAGCUUAUUUUGGUUUAUCCCAAAAUGAUGGAAAAUGUCCAUUUGUGUUUUGUGAACACACUCAUCUUUUAGUUAACACUUCUUAAGGAAACUUUUGUCUUUGCUUUUUGCGGGGAGGGAGUGGGGACACACAUUUUAUAAGCCACUUAGCGCCCAUCCCAGGAGCUGGUGAGUUAGCUGCAAGAGAGAGGGGAAAGUGAGGCCGGCCUAGCAGUUCCCUGACUUGAAAUUUUAAAAUCUGUACUGCAGUUUACUGUAGGAAUGAUGUAACUUUAUAACUAUUCUUAAUGCCUAAACAUGUAUUUGGGGGCAGAUUUUGCAUGAUGAUGAAAAAGUAUUAAGUCAUAUUGCUAUCUUAUCCUUGAUUUUUUUUUGUUUUUUUAAAGAAAAAGGUAAGUUAGUGAUUGCUUUUAAUGGGGUUGGGGGGAGGGGUAAGUUUUCACUGUAAAUUUAAAUUGAAACUCAUGUGCAAGUGUUUUCAGUGCCCUAAAUCAAACCAUAAAUAUGUGGGGAAAAGCAGUCCUAUCAAACUGUUGCAUAUUUACUGUAAAACAAUAUUCCCAGUAUGUGCGCAGCAUGAAGAAAGUAUUAGUGCUUUUUCAGUGUUCUGAAUAUAACUUCUCUUUAUAUACAGGAUAUCCACAUACUAGUUUCCUUUUAUUAUAUUGUUCAAGGAAUUAAAUAAUCUUAGCAUUUCAUGAUUAAAUACUAGUAGCCUGUGAAAUACUUACCAAUUUUCCCGUUAGGGACUGUUCUCUGUAACAAGGAAGAGUAGCAUUUCCAGAUGUUAUUCCAAGUUCUUUGGUUCUGUGGGCCAACAGCUCAUUUGGGGCCUGCCAGGGAUGAUGUUUUUGAGGGAAAUUUUAAGUAACACUUUGUGUAUUGCCAUUUUGAUUUAUUCUUCGAUUGCAUAGUUGUAGAGUUUUAAGUGUAUGUAUGUGCUUUUUGUUAGAUGGCCCAGUUAGCUGUGCUGAGGUAUAAUCUGAACUAAAAGUUUUGUUUCUUAGGCAUUUUCUGAAUCUGUUAUUUUCCCCCAAAACACUAAACUGUGUUGAACAGUUCAUAACUAGGGUGCUUACAGGAUCAGUCUAGGCUUUAUUUUGGUCUUAACAGCAAAUACAUUUGCUAUUACUAUAUCCGUUUUUAAAGUGGGUUUUUUUUGGACAUUUAAAACGUGAAUAUUUUCAAUUUGCUUAUAGAAACCUUAACAGUGUCCUUAAUGCCUUUUCUUAUUGUAAAAUUUCAUAAACCAUGAACCAUGGUUUUCAUAAACAAUGUUUUUCAAAAUAACUUUAUAGUAAAUCCAUCACAGAAAGCCUAUUGGUUAAAUGUGUCAAAAUACUAAACAGAUCAUUCAUUCACCUGUUUCUGGGAAGAGAAAGUGUUAUGGUCCUUCACAGUAAACAAACCCAAACCAUCCACUAACUUCUUAAAUUAGAGGAGAAAUUAUUAGGAAAUGUUACAUAAACUUACUGAUUAGUAGUGUAUACAUUAGCAUCAGAGUAUAACCCCCUUUGCCCCUGACUGGGAACUGGAGUUGAAAUGUACCCUUCCGACAUGUAGCUCUGGAAUACACCUUUAAUGUAUAAUUUCCUCGAUGGUUCACCACUUAGGCUAUUUUUAUACAGUAAAACAAAAGGAAAUAUGUAGUCCAGUUUGUUUUAUACUUUAAUAUCUAUGUAGAUGCAUUUCUCAGGAUUCAAGUUACACUAUGUAGCCCUAUCAAGUAAAAAGUGUUACUUUGUCUGCCUUUACAACAAAAUCCAAGUCUGUUUAUGAAUUCAGCACUUAGGGAGAUUUUUGAUUCCCAAGUUGGGGGGAAAAAUGACAAAAUGGGGAAGAAGGGGGAGCCACAUGUUUUUCUCUUGGGGCUGGGGCCUCCCUAUUUUCAGUAUACUUUAUUAUAUUUCAUUUACAGAAAUGCUGAAUUUUCUGUGUCAAGACAGAAUUCUCAUACUGAAGCUCUACAGCCUAAAAAGGCAAAAAGAAAGUUGUCUUCACAGUAUUAACAUUAUUCAUCACUUUUACAAGAUAAUAAGGGAACAAAAAUUAGGAGUUAUGCUGAGAAUAGUAUUUCAGUGAACAUACCGUAUGUAAAAACCACAGGUCAUGUGGUUAAUUUAGGCAUCUAGAAACUCUACCUGUUAUGAAAUGUGCAGCCUGAGUGGCUCCUGCACCUUGAGAAAAGUCUGACAUACUAAUGCACGCUGGGCUGAGCUAGGUGAGGGAGCAGCGGCAAGCAAGCUGUGCUUUUAGGGAGUCUGUGGCUAGAGAGAAAGCCAGCACCUGUGUGGUACUCGCGUGGCACUGCUUCAGAAGUUACUUCUUUCUCCCUAAACAGUCACCUAGUUUCUCCCAAAUAUUUAGGAUUGAAAAAACAUUAUAUUUGAGGGCUUUGUCUAAAUUUAUAAAAGUCUUUAAUGUUUCAAAUGACGGUAAAAAUUAUUCUAACUAAAAGAAGGAUUUUUUUCCCUUAAGUGACUUGUUUGGGCGUUUCACUUAGGCAUAAAUACUUCCAGCAAAAGUUGAAAAUUAAACUACUUGGGAAUAAAGGGCUUUUUGAUGAGAAUGUAUUAACUUUUUUUAUUCUACACUUACCCCUAUGAAAACAGGCUGCUGUUCCUUUUAAAGAAUAUUCCUAAAUAAUAGCAGUAUUCCUAAAAUCUGGCAAAUACUUCAGUUACUUGCCAUUUCCCACCCUCCAGCCCAUACCAAAGGCCAAAAUCUUUGCAAUACGUGCGUGCCUGGGUAAAGUUCCUCAUCUCAAGCUGUGUGCGUAUUUCUUUGCAGUUCAUUAUAGUAUGGCUUGAUCCACAAACAGUAUCUGAUGGCCUGCCUAUAAAUGAAAAUUCAACAUUCUGUUUUUAAUAAUUUGCCACCAAUUUGUAUUCUUUGUCUCAAUAAAUACCUGGUCACCAA